UCCUAUGAGAAAGGGAAGGCGUAAGAUUAAGGUUGAAGGAGAAUUACUCCCCUUGCAACCUCUUGAAGUAAAUGAACUACUUUUAGUGGAAAACCAAGGUUUGGCUAAAGGGACUCUAGGGAUUGAUGGUAGUAAACAAACGGUUUUAAAUCAAAGUACACCUAAGCAAAGCAGAGAAAAUCAUGGUGGCUUUGGUGUAAAUGAUUUUUCGGGAUGCAAUACUGAGACGUCUAAACUAAAUAUAGCUUUUAAAACUUGUAAGGAUGUCUGGUCUACGCAAGAAGUGUUUCUUACAAAAAACGACGAUUCGCUUGCUUUGAAAAAGGGUGCAUAUUCAGAAAAGCCCGUACGAAUUAAGGAGCGUCCGAAAUUAAAAGACAUAAACUUUACUUCUGCUUCAUCUCCACUGCUUACCGGGGACUCCCCGCAACGGGUUAUACUUCGGUUACGUGAUAUUGCUGUGUCGCCCCGAUCCAAGUUAGAAGCAACUUCGAAAAAAAAGUUGGAACCAUUAACGGAAAAAGUUUUACACGUAAAAGUUCAACAUAAAGGGGAGAUAAUACUUUCAAAGACAACUGAAUGGGCUCCUGAGAAAGCUUUUUAUAAUGUUAUAGAUGACGCUCGGAUAGAAGUGGAUAAAGACUUUUCCCUGUGCGUAGAAGCUUCAACGCAGGCUAAAGCAAAGACAAGUUGUACUAUUGGAGCCAACAAGAAAAACAGAUCGCUAUUUGGAUUGAAUUUUUUUAGCCGAAAGAAAAAAAAAAUUGCUACUUCAAAAAAUGAAUCGGAAUUUGUAGAAGAUUGGGGCACUAUUUGUGUCGGGCUCAGCGACUUCACCAUCUCCCGCGAGAAUUCGCUGGUCGCCCACUCGGAAAAUAGCUUGAUGGCCAUGAGUAUGAACUGCGAGUUUUUUACGCUGAAACCAGAGCGUUACCACGAGGACUAUCUUCACAUGAAAAGAGAUACCGGCGCCUGGUCCCUGUACUACGCCGUGCUGGGCGGUCACUGCUUUAACAUGUAUAUGGACGAAUACAAGAAACACGGGAACCCCUGCUAUAGUAUUGAUCUUUUGAGCUGCAAGGACGGUCAAGUUCUCCCAGCUGACGACUGCUAUCGAGCUCACGCGUUCAAACUCACCACCAGCAAACUCACUUUUUACUUUUGUGCGGCCUCGGAAAUCAGCGCAGAAAAUUGGCUGUUCGCUCUCCGCGAAUGUUUAAAAGACGCGAGAGAAUGGGAGGGGUCAAAUACCGGCUAGCAGUAAUCAAGAAAACUAGAAAACUAGUUCAAUAUUUAUUUUAAUAAACCAGAACUGGUGUAGAGCCAGCCCA